GACGUCACUCUAUUCUCAAUAGAAUGAGUACAAAAGUUCACGAAUUCAGUCUAGUCUGCGGAAUGAAGACACAAAUUCCCAAAGUCACUCUAGUCGCAUCAGCAUGAGUGACGGUCAUGACUGCAAGACGCUCCCAGAUUCAUGCUGCUUGCUGCAGUGUCGCAGUGCUGGCUUUCGUAUGCGUAGCCCACGUUGUUGGCCUGAGCCCAAGAAUUGUGUACACAAAAGAAGGAGGCGAAGUGGUGCUACCAUGCGGCGGUGGUUUGAGGAUCUCCGGCGACCAACCUACCUUGCUGCUGUGGUACCGACACAGCUACACCGAACCCGUUUACAGUUACGACACUCGUGACGGCUCUUGGCUGGACGGCGAGCACUGGAAAGAUUCCGACAUUUUGGGACCAAGAGCCAAAUUUUUGGUCUUUCCUCAACCCGGCCUCGUCACCACUGCGGCUCCAGUCCCCAAAAGACGAAGAAAAAAAGAAACAAUUCGAAAUUCUGAGCUAGAGCUGAGUUACCAGAAAUCGGUAUCUGGAAAGAAAGUUUUCGGUGAUAAUAGAAGUAUCAAUAACGCAUCGAGUGUUUACAAGGGAAAUCUUGGGCGUCUGAAAGGCGCGAAUGUUGAAGGGCAAGGCGAUACAAGUAAAUUCAUUGCAGAAGAAAUUGGCUACGACGAUGACUUUGCAAAUACUUCAAAACACAGCAAAACUUUUCCAGCAAAUCGAAAAAAUGUUCGCGAAGGCCUAAAUUUGCCUGAGAAGGCAAAUACAACACUUCCUCCAUUCCAUACUCUCUUCCAGUUAAAUGCACAUCGAAGAAUCGCGCACAUUCGUCAUUUACCGCACAUGUUAAGCUUCGUAUCUCAAUCCGGUGAUUACCACAAACCUAAACAAGCAUUAAAUUUCAGCCAAACUCCACCACAGACCAACAUUACCUCGAUGGUCGGAAAUACGCAACCUCGUUCGAACAGUGUUUCGGGUCCCUCAAAAAGAAGAUCGGGAAAGAGAAAAAGUAGAUCGGACUUGGAUUCUCACUCCAUUGAAAAUCGAAUGGGGCAUUCGAUUACGAGGGACAAAAAUUUCAUAUUGGAAGGGAUGGUGGCCGAGAUCCAGGGAAAUGAAGUGUAUGACAAUAGCAACAUUUUGGGGGCGCUGGUUUUAUCUGACGUACGAUCUGCAGAUCAUGGAGCAUUCACAUGCAGGGUUGAAUAUCGUAGAGCACCUACUUCCUACAGCACAGUACAACUUUACGUCGUUCUGCCACCAGAAACGCCAUCCCUGCUCUGGAGAGGCCAAGAAGUGAGCUCAGGGAUCUUAGGUCCUGUGAAGGAAGGAUCCUACGUACACGUUACGUGUCAGGCGACAGGCGGGCGACCGACCCCUUCCAUAUCUUGGUGGCGAGCAGGCAAACAGCUGCAGGCGAAUGCCGGCGACUUCAGCGAAGGCGAGAAAGUUUCUGUCGCGCCUGGAAAUGCUUCGCGUCUCAAUAGGAACUCUGAUAAAUCUGAAGUAGGAGAAGUGGCGUUGAACGAUGAAGCGUUUACCGGGAACAGUGAUAUGUAUGGACAUAAUAUAGGAGGACUUCACAUGAUCUCUGUGAAGAACUUUGAGAAAUGUCUUGAUUUUUUUCAUGAUGCUGGUGAUAGUGAACCAGAUGAACAUUAUAACAUCAGGUUCCUUAACAGCGUUGAUGAAGACCGCGAGCGCCUGGACGAUAGAAAUGAGAUGGCCCAAACUAAAAAAGUUGGUGGUAAAAUGGUGCGGUCUGCCACAAAAAGUCUAGAUUCUAAGGAAAGAAAUUAUUAUGCAAGCAAAAAACCACUUCAUCAUCAGAAAAGACAAGCAAGUUUUUUGCAUUUGAAUAAAGAUGAGCGAUCGGAAAAAGAGUUAGGUAAAAUACAGGAUGAUACAAACUUAAGAAAUAUAGAGGAUCCACAUACCAGAUAUAAUAACUUCGAAAUUAAUACAGCAACUACUAAGAGAGACACUGGAAACUCUACUGUUAAAAAACCGAAUGAAUUCAUGGAAAUUGAUGGUGAAAGAACUCUGAGUGGGAGGAGUAAGAAAUAUUCUCAAACAAAGAGGGUUUUACGCUCACUCGAUAAACGCUAUCCAACGAACCAGAACAAAGUAAAGAGAAAUGAUAUUUCUCAAGUCCAUAUCGCUUCUCAUUUUAUUAAUAACCCUUUUACUGAACGAACUUUCAGCUCAAAACAUCAACUAACCUCAAAUCCGACUCCAUCUCAUUCACAAACGAAUAUUUCAGUGAAAUCAAAUGUCUCCGCUUUCGCUCAUAAGAAAUUCUUCCAAAAUGAAACCGAGGCUCUAGAUGAAAACAAGAAGAGGGGCGGCGCCAGCAGCACCAUAACGCUGGUCGCCCACCGCGCCAUGCUGAACGUGCCGGUGAUCUGCCAAGCGUCUACACCGUCCCCUGUACAGGCCGUCACGGUCCCUAGCCGCACCACGGCCGUCGUGCUCAACAUCACGCUGCCUCCCGUGAGAAUUUGGCUUCACGAAAUUCCGAAUCCAGUCCUUGAGGGAACCGAGGUGGUGGUGCGCUGCACGGCUGAGGGCUCCCACCCACCAGCGCUGUUGACCCUGCGCUGGAGAGGGAAAAGACUCACCAGGAUCACCCGAACUGUGACGAACGGGGGCAACGUGAGCAGCGUGACGACGAUAUUGAAGCCUCGUCGUCAGGACGAUGGCAGCAACGUCACCUGCAUCGCUGCUAACGAAGAGCUCCCACACUCAACGAUAACGACGAGCGCUGUGGUGCGCGUAGCAUACCCUCCAACCGUGAAAAUUAUUUUCAGCUCCCACUUUGACCAACCCAAUUCAAAACACACGCAUCAACAAGCGUAUGGAAGCCGCAAACGAAUACACCAAAAAUCACAACAACCAUACCGGGAAAUCUCAAAGACACACUCAGCACAUCAAACAGACUCGGAAACCAACUACGAGCAAUCAGAAGUAAAGCUAACACAGAAGAAAGAAGGGCUCCAAACGCAGACAGAAAUACACAUGGAAGACUCAGAAGUCCCGCGAAAAUAUACAGAGAUGUACCCGGAGUUGCGUCAGAGUGAGACGGAUGUGGUAAAUACACCGACUGAGCUGCGGCAGACACACCCAGAACUUCAUCCGCCGUCCCGACACGGGGACCAGCGGGUGUAUAAGAUACAUCACCUGACGGAGGGCCAGACCGCUGAGCUCACUUGCGUGGUGGACGCCAUGCCUCCAGCGUCCUACGUCAUCUGGACGAAAGAGGACAUUCCUUUGACCAGCCACACGUCGGGCUUCCUAAUAGCGGACCGGACGUUGACGUUGAGUGACGUUGGCCCGCGACACUCCGGUCGCUUCGUCUGCAUUGCCACCAAUGACGUGGGCAGAGGGGCCAGCGACCCUCUAUUACUGUCCGUGUCAUACGCUCCUCGCUGCUUGGCAGGCCAUGAGAGCGUCAUUCAGACAGCAGUUCCUGGCGAGACAGCGUCUUUGACGUGCCACGUGUCGGCAUUUCCAUUCAAGCCACUAAAUAUUCAAUGGAAUAUUCUACACGAUGACGGCACCGAAACCUAUCUUCGGGAGCGAGAAAUUGAUGAGCCUGAUAAGGAGAACUUGCUCCAUAUUUCUUCGAGAAAAACGUUCGUUAGAACCGAUUCCGGAGAAUUGAGGUUCAUGAGAGAAAUGAAAAACAAUCGAACUCAGCCAAUGAAAUCAUUGAAAGAAUCGAAAGUUUCGACCACAAACGUCGUUUCUCCUCAAACAUCUCACGUAUUUAACCAGAAUCAACUGCCUGAGAGGAAAGACGUUUUAAAAAUUGUUCUGAAUUUCACUAGUGACUCUAUUGUAGUUCUGUGCCGCGGUAAGAAUUCGGUCGGUGUUCAAAUGGAGCCGUGUCGCAUAGAGCUCCGACAAGCCGAAGUUCCGCCACUGUCUUUACUGACAGCCCAUGAAGCCGAGUCACCGAAGAGCUUCGUAAACUGCUCAACCACCGCAUUAUUUGCCACUGGGAGCUUCGAAGUGACGUGCCAGAUGGAUGGAGAGGCAAAACGCUCCUUGCGUUCAUUUGUCUUGCUCGGGUGGAGAAACCAUUCGCUGGUGGUCAACGCUUCCAGUCCAACUCUCCACUGGAAGCCGAGCAUACUUGGCUUGGAUAACGUGGAGCUUGGAAGUUUACACUGGUCCGUGAUUGGUCGAAACUUGACUACGAGUGUCGAUUUUGCUGUGCAAUUCGUACAGAAUGCGGACCCUGUGGGACAACCCAUGCAUGUGAUGCCUGGGACUGUGAAGGAUCAUAACAAACAAGUGAAAGGCGUGUUCAUGACAUGGUCGUGGUGGCGGUGGACCUUACUAGCCGUCGUGUGCGUGGUGUUACUGACGCUUCUAAGCCUCGGAGCUGCAGCGGCGACCGCAGUGCGACGACGCAAAGCGCGGAGACUCUGCAGAGACACCCACUCCUGCGUCGCCCUCACACACGACACAGCCAGCCACACUGCCGUUGAUACUGAGCACGAUUCAGGGGGAUCUACAGUCAAGUUAAUAAACGACUCGGCGCCAACGGUGACGUCACCAACCAAAGGGAUCCUUAAAUCCAUUUCGUCGAAUCCUCAUUCUGCCACGAACUCAAAUGAAGCCAAUAACGCGCCUUCAGUCACUGGAAAAUUGAUUGACGCUCGGCUGCAACCUCCUACAACAUCAGAAACAUCGGAGACGAUGGCCGCUAUGUGGCGUCCUCCACAUAUCCUGAGUGCUUCCAGAAAACACGAAGGGCUGGAACUUCAAGAAACUUCCUUGAACUAUUCCCUGGAAACUGGUCCCUCAAAAUCUGUUUCACUGCUCACCGGCUCAUCACACAUGCAUUCUUUACCUAGAAAUUUCAAUCAAAAGACCGUGAAGUUUGCUCCAUCUGAUGAAAGCCAAUGUACCGGAACGGGUGAUAACGAAAACAGAGAAGUCCACGAGUCUACACUGCUUUGUUCCAGACAUCACUCGGUUAGUUACGAUCAUCUCCCAACGGUGACUGGUUUGAUAGAAGCAACUAAUGUCAUAACCAAAAAUCCGUGUUUUUCGACGCUGCAAAGAACAAAUUCAGUUCCUAGAAAUUGUGUACAAUACCCUCUGUGUGAGGUGUGCCACCCUCGUGAGGGCUGCACAAGUUUUCCGCUGCCAUUUCCUUCACCUUUGAUUCCGGAGGACAAUUCGCACUGUCAUUCCAGGCCCAUGCCAAAUUACUCCUCGACUUCCAUGAAGAGUUACGGAGCCAGCGAGAAGACGCUGCUGCCGUGCAACUCUUGUAGACCUCCUAGGAAGCCUGCGAGAUCUCCUGAUGACAUCGCUUCCAAUGCAAUGAAUGCAUGGACCAGCAGUGAAAUCAAAUCUAUCGUAGAGCUAAAUGAUGUUUUAGCUACAAACAAUGUAGAAGCAGGUUCAUCGUUCACCUUAGGAGCACCGUGCACUUUCAGUUCGCCAAUAUUUAGUAGUGUUCACACCUCAUUAGCAUCGACUUUGAUUAUUGACCGAGUAGGCACAGUUAUUGCUGCUUCAUGUCCUGACCAAGAUCCAACAAAUUCUUGUAUGCUGCAACCCAUUGUUGUGCCAAAUCAAUGUGAUUCUAUAACUAAUACCUCGUCAUUUAAUGUUGAUAAUGAACCAAAAGAAGAUUUAAAUAUAAUUCCUCCUCCUUCACAAUUCGAAAGGCAAGAUCAAUGACGUUAGUAGCUAAUGUUCUAUUUUUCUUCUAUUUCAAUUGUGACUUCUUACUGUUCGCUUUAUUCUAUUCAAUGUCCGAUGUGAUCUCUAUCUGUAAUUAACUUUACGAUAUCAGUGGAUGUUUUCUUCGUUAUCAAGAUGCAUAUCGCGUCUAUUUUGUGAUGUAUGACCUCUUUGUACUAACUUAACGCGCAGUAAA